AUGGCUGAUGCACUCGUUGGUGCCACGAUAACGCUUACUUUAGAGAAGGCAAUUUCCCUUGCGACUGACCAAGUUGGGAUGGUGAUUGGAUUCAAGAAUGAUCUGGAGAGAUUUAAAGAUUCAGCAGCCAUGAUCCUGGCUUUCUUGGCCGAUGCUGAGGAGAAGAAACCAAUGCAACGGGCAGUGCAACUAUGGCUGAAGAGGCUUGAACGAGUUUCAACUAUCAUAAUCUAUGUCGACGGAUGGAAAUUAGAGAUCAGUUCAUGGGAAAGGGAGAUCAGGGACAUUAACCUGAAGUUGAAAAUGAUUAAUGAAGAAGCAAUUAGCUUUGGACUUGUGUCCCAGAUGGGAAAUGGUGCAACUGCAUCUGAAAUUUCUGCUAUUUCUGGAGGCCUAAUAACUAGAGAGAAAGACUCCAUUGUAGGUCAAAAUAUUGUAGGAAGAGCCAAUGAUGCAUCAAAUAUAGUGGAGAUAUUGUUAGGCUCUUCUGAAAAAGUUGUUUCUGUUAUUCCCAUCACGGGCAUGGGUGGAUUAGGAAAAACAACUUUGGCACAGUUAGUGUUUAAUGAUCAACAAGUUGACAAACACUUUGAUAAAAAGAUCUGGAUAUGUGUGUCUGAAAAUUUUGAAGUUACACGGCUAUUUAAGCUAAUCUUGGAAUCAUUGACAAGUAGAAAAGUCGAAGUAGCCAAUAGGGAUGUUUUUGUCCAAGAAAUUCGAAAAGAAUUUCUUAUUGUACUCGAUGAUGUGUGGAACGAAGUAUCCACCUUGUGGGAUGAAUUUUUCCAGUCAUUCGUUGGAAUCAGCACAACCAAUGGAAAUUGGUGCAUUGUGACUACCCGGCAGUUCCAAGUAGCAUCCAAUGUGGCUACACAUCCUCCUUAUUCAUUAGACAAGCUAUCUGAUGAAGAUUGUUGGUCCAUACUACAAAAAACGGCAGUUCCAAGUGGAGAAAAACCAGAAGAAUUGCGAGUGAUAAGAAAGAAACUCACAAACAAGUGUGGUGGCCUACCACUAGCUGCUAGUGUCAUUGGUGGUUUGUUACGUAUCAAGAGAAAAGAGGAGUGGCUCUCAGCUGUGGAGAAAGGAAUCAUGAGUUUGACUGGAGAUGAAAAUAGUGUCUUGCAAAUACUUAAGUUGAGCUUUGAUAAUUUGCCAUCGCUAGCCAUUAAAAAGUGUUUUGUAUAUUGUUCUAUAUUUGGUAAGGAUUGUGACAUAGAGAGGGAGCAGAUAAUCCAGCUUUGGAUGGCAGAAGGUUUUCUUGAGUCAAAUCUCAACAAUCAAACAGUAAUGGAGGAAAUAGGACACAAGUAUUUUUCAAUUUUGUUGCAGAGUUCCUUGAUUCAAGAGGUAAGAAAGGAGGAAAUUAUAUGUGGCAGAAUGCAUGAUCUUGUGCAUGAUCUAGCAGAAUCAUUUUGGAGGUCUAAAUGCAUUGAUUUGGAGAAUGGUAUAGCAGACAACAGUUCUGAAGUUAGCCACCUUGUAUUAGACUCCAUAGAAGGAAAAACAAGUAAAAUCUCAAAAGACAUGUCAAGAUCACUUCGUACAUUGUUUUUGGGGAGUAGUAUAUCUAGUGAUAUGCUAUCAAAGUUCAAGUAUUUGCAUGUUUUAAAUCUGUCUCGAGCAAAGAUUGAAGUGGUGCCAACGUCCACCGGCAAACUAAUACAUUUGAGAUAUCUUGACCUUUCAGAUUCUAGAAUAAAAACUCUGCUAGAAUGUCUUUUAAGGCUUUAUAAUCUGCAGACACUGAGGAUGUAUUCAUGCCCAGCUCUAAAAGAUCUUCCAGAAGGGAUGAGCAGUUUGAUCAACUUAAGACAUCUCUGCUAUUAUAAUGAUGCCAAAUUUCUUAUGCCAAAGCACAUGGGACUUUUAACUUGUCUUCAAACUCUGAAGUUCUUUAAUGUUGGUGAAGAGAAGGGUCGUCAUAUUGAAGAGCUAGGAUGCUUGGAAAACCUUAGAGGUGGACUGGAAAUACGCAAUCUUGAACUAGUAAAUGGUACAGAAGGAGCUCAACAGGCAAACCUAUUUGGAAAGUUAAAUCUGCAUGAGUUGCAUUUUAAGUGGGGUAAAACUCGAGACAGUGACAGUGAUGAUGAAAAUGUGCUUGAAGGCCUCCAACCCCACCCAAAUCUGCAGGUGUUAGUAAUUGAAAAUUACAUUGGCGAUCAUUUUCCAUCAUGGUUCAUGAAUUUAUCAGCAAGCUUCAAAUUAACAAGAUUGUGCUUGACGGAUUGCAGAAGAUGUACAGAAAUUCCUGCUCUUGGCCAACUGCCCCUUCUUCAAGACCUCAAAUUGCUUGCACUGCAAACUGUGAGAAGCAUUGGGCUUUCAUUCUAUGGCAUUAGUGAUCACAGCACAUUAGGAAGCUACAGCACUGCCAGUCAAGGCCCAAGAAAUCUGUUUGCCGCCCUGAAAAAUCUUUAUCUAGGCAAUAUGAGGAACCUGAUUGAGUGGAUGGAACCUACAGCAAAGCCAGUAGGAUUUGAACAAGUUGAGGUCUUUCCCAUCCUUGAGACUUUGACUAUUAGCAAUUGCACCCAAUUGACGACAGCUCCAAGUCAUUUCCCGAGUCUUAAGAAACUGACAGUCAAAAAUAGUUACCAGUUUUUGCCUGUACAAAAUAUUCUUAGUAAAGUAACCAGUCUGUUGACCCUCUCGAUCACAGGUAUGGAUGACCUCACUUGUGUUUCAAAUCUUCUAGUGCAUAACAAUAAAAAUUUACAGUCUCUAAGAUUGCAAACUUGUCCUAAUUUAAAGUGUGUGCGGGGCUGUGGCACUUCUCUUAGAGAGUUGGAUAUCAAAGAUUGUGAAAAUCUAAGGGAGUUGCCAGAAGACUUGUAUGAGUUUCGGUCUCUGCAAACCUUGUCAAUAGAUGGAUGUCCAAGUCUCGAGGCAUUUCCAUUUCCUAGUGCACUAGCACAGCUCACUUCUUUCCAAAGUUUGAUGAUGUUUCCAAAUGUACAGCAAAGGGUCACUUCUCUCCAAAAUGUGAGAAUUUGUCACUGUGACAGGUUAAUAGAUCUACCAGGUGAAAUGCUAGAGUCAUGCAAAUCCCUCAGGGUGUUGACUGUGUACGAUUGCCCCAGGCUUUCCAGCUUUCCUGUUUAUUUGGAACGAAUGCCUUCUCUCUCCGUAUUAUUGCUACACAAGUGUCCCAAUUUGUUAACUAUGCCCAGAGGCUUUGGUUUCCUUACCAGCUUAAGGGAAUUGUCCAUUGGUCCGCUCUCAGAUACAGUUGAAUUUGACUGGUUAGAACUAGCUUCAUCAUCUCUUCGUGAACUAGCAUUGUUUGGAGGGCCUCAUCUGGAUUACUUGCCAGAGCAGCUCCAAGACCUCACUGGCCUUACAGAACUUAGUCUACAUGACUUUGGAAUAGAAGCUUUGCCAGAUUGGUUUGGGAAUCUUGAGUCACUUGAACAAUUAAUUGUGUCAGGUUGUGAAAAGCUUCGAUAUAUUCCAUCCAUGGCUGUCACGAGACGCCUCACCAAGCUAAGAUCACUGUCAAUUAAUGGCUGGCCUUUGUUAGAGGAAGGAUGCUCUGCUCAGAGCGUCUUCAACUUCCAGUGGUCAGGGAUUUCUCACAUACCUGAUCUUAGCAACAAUUUCUGUUGGCAUUUAAUACCAAAACCCCCCGAAGGAGUGAUCAAAGUUAACGUCGAUGGUGCAUCAGAAAGGAAUCCCGGAAGAGCUGGAGUUGGUGGGCUCAUUCGGGAUACGGCAGGAAUAUGGUUAGGAGGAUUUGCAGAGAGUAUAGGGAAAGCAAGUAACAUAGCGGCUGAGCUAUGGGGAAUUCUUAAAGGACUGCAGCUGGCUUGGGAUAAAGGAUACAAAGAAGUAAUUUUAGAGUCGGACUCAAAAGUGGGUCUGGAGUUAAUAGAGGAGGUAGUGAUCACAUCGCCUUACCACAAUCUGGUGAAACAGAUUAGGAGCAUGAAGAGCAGAGAUUGGUCUUGCAAGCUGCAACAUAUCUGGAGGGAAGGAAAUCGAUGUGCAGACUGGCUAGCCAAGGAAGCAAUCAGUUUACAGUCAACAGGUGGAAGAUUAGAAGAGCCACCGGAAGGACUAAGGGAGUUACUAGGAGCAGAUAUGAUUGUGGUCACAACCCCACGUUUAAUACCAUGUUAG